AUGAGCACCAGCGGCGCAGCAGUGCGGAAAUCAGAGAGGAAGCGUCAGAAGACGAGUGGCGAGUCUGCCAUCGCUCACCAGCCCGAGACAAAAUCUCAAUCACAAGCGACAUCAAACUCACCAAAAGCGUCGCCGACCGCGAGAUCCUCCCAAGCCAGUGGAGUCACUUCUGAGGAGGAAAUUGACGAUGUCCGACGUCUGGGCUGGGGUGUGUUCACGAUCACGGCGUAUGUGAUUCUGAAAGCGGGAUAUACCUGGCUCUCGGAAGAGGCUGAGGUCACGCCAGAUGGUGUGCCGAAAGGCAUGUUACCUCCAGUCUGGAAACUGGACUUUCUGGGAUUCGAAGGUAAAGAAAGCAUGGGCAGUGCAAGACUCAAGGUCAAGAACGACCGCGAGUGGCAGGAUAUUAGCAGCGAAGAAGAAAGAGACGAUCUUCUAUACAAACCUGUAUUACUACUCGAACAGCGAUACUAUCCGAUUAGGUCUCGGAUUUAG